UGACGCUUCUCGGAGGAAGUAGUGUUUCUUCCGGCUUCUCCACCUGUGCAGCCUCCUGUUAGUGUUUCCUCUCCAGUUCAAUGGCUGACAUGUCCCGUUCUCCUCAGCUGCGUGAGGCAGAGCGAGCAGUGGAGAGGAGACGGCACACCAGCGUCUCGUGGAAGCAGCGGGAUCAGCGUACCACUUGCCUGAGAGAUCGAUGCAGUUUUGCCGAGCCACACAAGAAGGCUGCUGCCCAGACAACCAAGACAAACAGGAUCGGCUGUGGUUGGUGCUCUCAAGGUGCAGAGUCACAGAGAGCCUGGCAACACGAGAGCAAAGUACUCACAGAAAAAGGUGUGUGUGGAAAGGAGUGGUGAGGUUUCGUCGCAGCAUGCCACUUACACCGCAGCACCGUGGGGCCACAGCACCCGUAACAAGCUGGAUCCUGGUUUUGGCUCUGUCUCUUGCUCUACAGGAGGCCACUCACGCUGCUCCAUCAGGAGACAACAAGCUGGUUCGUACCACCAGAGUGAGGAGACAGACCCCCGGGGGGGAUCAGCCCGCUUCCUCCACCAACCAGACACUGCUGGAGCAACCAGUGGUCUUUAACCAUGUAUACAAUAUAAAUGUCCCCUUAGAGUCUCUGUGCUCUGUCGACCUGGACGCCUCAGCACCACCUGUCCCGGGUGAUGAUUCACGUGCUGAGCUGGGGUCCAGACCUUCUGUUGAGGGUCCAAUAGAUCCAGCUGGACCAUCAGAAUACAUGGAGCAGACACUGGAUGCUGACAGCCAGGUCACGUUCACUCACCGCAUCAACAUCCCCAAAGCUGCGUGUGGUUGUGCAGUGACAACCACGAUCCAGCAGCUCGCCACCAGGGUGGAGAUGCUAGAGAGAGAAGUUUCCAUGCUCCGAGCUCAGUGUGGGUCCGGAUGCUGUGGGGAGAGCUCAGCCAUGGGUCAUUUGGACUUUGUCCCAGGCUGCAGUGGCCACGGCAGCUUCAGCUUCGACUUAUGCGGCUGCAUCUGUGAAGAAGGUUGGAGCGGCAAAAACUGCUCCGAGCCCCGCUGCCCCGAUGACUGCUCCGGCCAGGGCGUGUGCAUCGAAGGGGAGUGCGUGUGCGACCGCGACUUUGGGGGCGACAACUGCUCAGAGCCACGGUGCCCCUCGGACUGCUCAGGCCGUGGUUUGUGUAUAGACGGGGAGUGCGUGUGUGAAGAGUCCUUCACUGGCGAGGAUUGCAUGGUCGGGAGGUGUCUCAACGACUGCUCGGACCAGGGGCUGUGCAUCAACGGGACGUGUCAGUGCCGGCCCGGGUACGUGGGAGAGGACUGCUCGCUGGUGUACUGCGCCAACAACUGCAGCAAGAAGGGAGUCUGCAAGGAGGGCUUCUGCGUCUGCCAGGAUGGCUUCGCUGGGGAUGACUGCAACUCUGUGGCGCCUGUCAUGAACUUGAUGGUCCGAGGGGUGACUGAUCGCACUAUCGACCUGGAGUGGGAGGGCUCAGUCGUACUCACAGAUUUCCUGGUGACUUAUACACCAAGCAGCCCUGGAGGUGUGCAACUAGAGUUAAGGAUCCCAGGCAACACCACCACCUGUACCAUCUCAGGCCUGGAGGCAGGCCUGGAGUACAACAUCAACGUGUUCUCCGUCAUUAACAACAGCAUCAGUGUCCCUGACAGCAUUUCUGUUUGGACGUAUCUCUCCAAUCCGGACGGCUUAGUCUUCAAAUCCAUCACAGAGACGUCGGUGGAGGUCCACUGGCAACCCUUCUACUAUUCCUUUGAUGGAUGGGAGAUCAGCUUCAUUCCCAAGGACAAUGAUGGAGGGAUGACGGCACAGCUGCCCAGCACCAUCACUUCCUUGGUGCAGACUGGUCUGAGACCGGGGGAGGAGUAUACCAUCAACUUGGUGGCGCUCCGAGAUCAGGGUCGAAGUCAGCCAGUCACUGCUACCAUCACAACAUGUAUUAUCGCCCCCACUCCUCACCCUGCUGACACAGGUCAGACAGAUGUUCUGCGCCCUGGCUCUCGUUACGAAGUGUCUGUCAGAGGUCUGAGGAAAGGAAACGAGAGCGGAUCCAUUUCCACUGAGUUCACUACGGAAAUUGAUGCCCCCAAGAACCUGCGGCUCGUGUCCAAGAGCUCCACCGCCCUCGAGCUCGAAUGGGAUAACAGUGAAGCAGAGGUGGAGGGCUACCAGGUGGUGUACAGCACAUUAGCAGGAGAACAAUAUGAUAAAGUGAUUGUGCCACGAAAUGAGGGAGCCACCUCUAAGACCACUCUCACAGACCUGCUGCCAGGCACCGAAUACGGCAUCGGCAUAUCCGCCAUGAAAAGCAGCAACCAGAGUACACCGGCAACAAUGAAUGCCAGGACCAGUCUGGACGUGCCCUUGGACUUGACUGUGACGGCGUCUACAGACAACACCAUCACUCUGGUGUGGGGUGUGGUCCAGGGUCCCAUCGACCACUACAAAGUCACCUUCACUUCCUCCUCUGGCGUCACCACAGAGAUGACGGUGCCUAAAGAUGUGACCACCACUACCCUGACAGACCUUGAGCCUGGGACGGAGUACACCAUCACUGUCGCCGCGAGAAGAGGCCGACAGCAGAGCACUGCAGCGACCAUAGACGCCUUCACAGGAAUCAGACCCGUUACCCACCUCUACCUGUCAGAGGUGACUUCCGACUCUGUAUCCGUGGCGUGGAGUGCCCCGGCGCCGCCUGCCGACUUUUUCAUCCUGAGUUACAGCUCUGCCGAUGGGACUGACACCUCUAAGGUGACGCUGGAUGGCUCCAAGACAAGGUCGCUGGUCCAGGGGCUGCUGCCGUCCACUCCGUACACCAUCAGUCUGAUCACGAUUCAGGGGGACGUUACUUCUGAGCCUAUUACAGCGUCACUCACUACAGGACUAGACCCACCAAAGGAGGUGGCGGUGUCGGAUGUGACCGAAGACGCUGUGACCAUCUCCUGGAUCAAACCAAUGGCUUCAUUUGAAUACUACAAGCUGUCUUACCAGUCAGCCAAAGGUCGAGUGGACAGCGUGGUGAUUGACAGUGAUGUGACCAACUACACAUUGUCCAGUCUGUUCCCUGCAACAGAAUAUGAGAUCAGUCUCAACGCUGUCGGAGGGAGUCAGGAGAGCAAAGUGGUCAGCACCUCUGUCUUUACAGCGAUGGACAUGCCAGCUGAGUUGACAGCCCUCAACAUCACUCCACAAGGAGCCCUGCUGCGGUGGAAUCCUCCUCUGUCCAGUGUUGACAACUACGUGCUGACUCUCACGCACAACCAAGUGACGGCUGAUACUCUUCUUGUGGAAGGCAACAAGCAGGAGCACCAGCUGUCCAACCUUAAGCCAAGCACCACCUACUCUGUGGCCCUCUACGCCACCAAAGGACCCCUCACCAGCGGCACGGUCAUCACCAACCUCCAGACACCCAUGGAUGCUCCGCUGAACCUGACAGCCAGUGAAGUGAAUCACCGCAGCGCUCUCAUCUCCUGGCAACCGCCAAUCGCAGAAAUUGACAACUACAUGCUUACCUACAAGUCCACUGACGGCAACCGAAAAGAGCUAAUACUGGAUGCAGAGGACACUUGGAUUCGACUGGAGGGACUGGCUGAGACCACAGAGUACACUGUCAAGCUGCAGGCAGCCAGAGGACUUGACACCAGUGCUGUUGUCUCCACUACCUUCACUACAGGGAGUCGUCUAUUUGCAACACCUCAGAAUUGUGCCCAACACCUGCUGAAUGGAGAGAUGCUGAGUGGCGUCUACACAAUUUACAUCAACAGAGACCCGAGCCAGGGAGUGCAGGUGUACUGCGACAUGACUACUGAUGAAGGAGGGUGGAUUGUGUUUCAGCGUCGUCAGAAUGGCCUGACAGACUUUUCCAGGAAGUGGAGUGACUACAGGGUUGGCUUUGGAAACUUGGAGGAUGAGUUCUGGCUUGGUCUAGACAACAUCCAGAAGAUCGCUGCUCAGGGCCGCUAUGAGCUAAGGAUCGACAUGAGGGAUGGACAGGAGUCGGUUUACGCCAAUUACGACAAGUUCUCCAUUGGAGAUGCGAGAAACCUCUACAAGCUCAGGAUAGGAGAGUACAAUGGCACCGCUGGUGACUCUCUGAGCUACCACCAGGGCCGGCCCUUCUCUACAAAAGACAGAGACAAUGACAUCGCUGUCACUAACUGUGCCUUGUCUUACAAAGGAGCCUGGUGGUACAAGAACUGCCACCGGGCCAACCUCAAUGGAAAAUACGGCGAGUCCAGACAUAGUCAGGGUAUCAACUGGUACCACUGGAAAGGCCACGAGUUUUCCAUUCCCUCUGUGGAGAUGAAGAUGAGGCCGUUCAACUUCCGUAGCAUCAGCAGCAAGAGGAGGCGGUCUGCCCCUGUUUAAACAAACCACCUCCGCCCACCCCGCAGUCUGGAUAAAUGGAGUUCGGACAGUGUUCGGUAUUGAGUCCCUGCUAUCUGUGCGCCUCACUGACAGAACAGGCACGUCGUGAUGUUACUGUGCCAAGGCUCUUUCAUGAGGCUGCAAAGAAGAAAACGGUUAUGAAGGGAAAAAGGCUACUAAUACUUAUUAAUAUUCAUUUGUAUAAUAACACAUCACAUUAUUAAUACACUACCAACAAUCGGAAGCUGUCAUGAACAUGGGUGUGAUCGUAUGAGAAGCAGAGAAGGUGAAGCAAUGUCCGAACUCUGUUUAUCUCUACUCCUGCCCAGCUUUAGCUGUCUCGCCCUGCUGUACUUCUACCCAGAUGAUAGAAGACACUGUAUGUAAUUUAUUAUUGAAUACUUUGAAUGACAAUGGUUUUAUUUGCUGUAAAAAUGGGAAGGCAAUCCAACAUUCUUUUUCCCCCCUUUCGCUCUGCGAUUUGCCUUUCCCCUGGGGUGCAAGGAAAUGUGCUCAGAAGGGUCCUGAAGAGUGCUCUAGAGUUAGUGUUAUUUUAACCUUUAUGAAUAACAACACUUUUAAUGAAAGAUAUACUGUAUAUGCCAUUAAAACCCUUAACUGUAAGAUAUAUAUAUAUUUUUAUAACUGAUAUUGUGACUGAAGUCCCAUCUAUUUAAUAUGAUUUGAUGCCUUGGUUUUGUUUAGCCUAUUUUAAGUUGAUGUAAUCAUUCAACAUGAUGAUAAAUACUGAACAUGAGAGGGAAGAAAAUUGUGAAAAAUCAAAAUCAAUGCACCAGCAACAGCUUCAUCACCAUCUCUUUCAUUUUACAUGUUUGUCUGUUAAUUUUUAAUGUUAUUUGUGUUAAUUAUUUAAGCAGAAUGAAGAUAAACAUUAAUAUUCUAGUUUAUUAAAUAUUGGUAGUCACACUGAGACAGUAUUUGCACUACGAGUGGGAACACAGCAAAGCUAUUGUUCAUUCAAUUCAGCCGAUAUAUUGAAUCGUUUGUGGGCGUUUGAUAUCACUCUCAAGCAAAUUACAAACACUUAAAAAGUCUUUCACCCCCUCAUGUAGAUGCUGUGAUUGCUUGCAGAGAUGGUGCUGAUAGAUGUAACAUUUAACCAAAGAUCUGCAUAAUUAACAGUCAGUCUGCUGUUUGGAAAGACGCCAGUCAAACUGUCACCAAAGCCACAGAAGCAGCUUUUUCUGUCCUGUGUUAAUAGAUUCUCACUUUUCAGAGAGUUUUAUGGUAAUCGUGUCCCCGAGCGUUACUUUAUGCAACACGAACACUAAAUUCUAUGCAAAAGAAAGCCAGGGUGGGCACGCUGCAGAUUUUAGCCUCGCCUCUCCCCCACUGCUAGCUGAGAUGAACUUAACAAAGAGAGCAGAACAGUAGGUGGAGUGGAGCCAAGCCUUCUCCUUUGUGCCCUUCUUUUACUUGCUUCGCUGUUUAAGCUCCCCGGUGGAACAACACAAUCAGCAAACAUGGCAGAGAAUGUAUUCUUUUAGUCGGGCGGACGUAAUCUGCAAUGCCCACCAAGAACUUUGUUUUAGUCAGUGUCCUCACUGUUGCACAAAGUGUUCAGUGCUAACUAGUUAACAGGAGUUUUCUGGGAACAGUUUCUACUUAAAUUUCCUGUCGAAAAUGAUUACUAUGGAUCCUCCUCUCUGGCCUCACACUAUUAACUAGAAAGGGACUCAGUAGAGUUCGUAUUUGGAUCUGCACCAAAUUGCACACACUCAUAAAUAUUAGUUCCCUAAACAUACCAGAUUUUUGUUCAUCAAGAUCUAUGAAUCAUUCUCUGCUAAAUUAAGGAAAAUGUUGAAUAAUGUCCCUUCUCACAAUGUUCACGAAACAAAACACCCUCUGAUCUGGAUCCAAGUUUAUUUGGUUCGUCCCUGACUCAUGCCACAUCCUUCUACUACGUUUUGUGGUAAGGUUGUCUUGUAGUUUUUGCGUAGUAUUGUUUACAAACAAAUAUACAAACCAACCGAAAACUAGGGCACAUUCCUGCACCGCUCACUGCACCAAGUUGCAUUCUUUCAUGGAUAUCAUUUCCCUAAACAUGCCAGAUUAUUUUAUUCUGAAUAAUCCCUCCUAAAAUCCUGCAAUGUUAUCCUGGAUCCAACCCCUGAUCUGGAUCUACUCAAAUUAAAUGGGUUCUUCCCUGACCCAUACGGCAUCCAUCCACCAAAUUCUGUGGUAAUCCAUUAAGCAUCUUUGGGGUAUUCUUUCUUACAAACAGACUGACAGCGGUGAAAACAUAACCUCCUUGGCGGAGAUAACAAAAAACAAAAUUGAUUGUCCAAUACAUGACUUGG